AUGGCCAGUGCUAAAACUGCUGCACGACAUUUUCUUCUAACUGGUGUCCCAGGUGUGGGUAAAACAACACUGAUGGUCAAAGUACACAAAGAACUUGUGAAGCAGGGCUUUCACUGCUCAGGGUUUAUCACCGAAGAAGUGAGAGUGUCUGGUCGAAGAAUUGGGUUUGAUGUUGUUACCAUGGAUGGAGUGCAUGGACAGCUGGCUCGAGUCAGUGAUUCCUCAGUGAGUGUACCAGGUGCCAGACAGAGAGAAUACAAAGUUGGCCAGUAUACUGUGAAUUUGUCAUCAUUUGAACAGACUGCCCUGCCUACACUUCAGCUCCUUAUCCAUCCAGAAGGAAGCAAACAAAGGAAGCAGAUAUUUCUUGUUGACGAAAUUGGCAAAAUGGAGUCUUUCAGCAAAAAUUUUAUUAAGGCUGUUCAGAAACUGAUAUCUCAUCCUGAUGUAGUCGUAAUUGCAACAAUACCUGUCCCUAAAGGAAAACCUAUUCCUAUAGUAGAGGAGUUAAGAAAUGGUGUUCAUUCAGUUGUGUUUGAGGAAAUCUUUGAACUUCUCAGAGCACAACUACUGGUAAAACAAGCAGUAACAAUGCUGAGAUGUAACAAGACCCCACAAAAGGUUUUAAAAAGAAACUACAACUGUCUGAAAUUUAAAAAAUCCAAGACACCACAAAAACUGGGAGUGGGAUUGAAAUUUUGCUAA